AUGAUUUUCAGACAACUCAUUUCUGCUGAUACCUCAACUUACACUUUCAUUUUGGGAUGCGAAAAGACUGGAAAAGCAGCUAUCAUUGAUCCCGUGUUGGAAGAAUGCGAACGAGAUUCCAAAUUAAUUAAAGAGCUUGGCCUUACUGUAACUCAUAUCUUAGAUACUCACGUUCAUGCGGAUCACAUCACUGGUGGCAUGGAGUUGAAGAAGAAAUUUCCAGAGGCAACACACUGCUAUUCCAUUCAUUCGGGAGUAACUUUUACCGAAGGCUUGACCUUGAUCAAAGAAGGAGAUGUGAUUCAAAUCGGAGACUCUAUCAAAAUUCACGUAUUGGAAACUCCUGGUCACACCAAUGGAUGUAUUACCUAUUAUUUGGAUGACAAAUCAAUGGUAUUUACUGGGGAUGCCCUAUUCAUUAGAGGAUGUGGUCGUACUGAUUUCCAACAAGGAAGUGCAAGCACACUGUAUGAUAGUAUCAUGAAGAUUUACUCUAUUUUGCCAGAUUCUUGCCUUGUUUAUCCAGGUCAUGAUUACAAAGGAAUGCUUUGUUCUACUGUUGGAGAGGAGAAGAAAUACAACCCAAGAAUUUUCGCUACUCAAACCAGAGAGGGAUUUGUUGAAAUUAUGGAUAAUUUGAAAUUGGCAAAACCUAGAUACCUCGAUGUAGCCUUGCCAGCUAAUUUAGUCGGUGGUGUCAAGCAAUAA